UUAUUCUUCACCACUUUUGAACGCCAAGAACAACCUCCGACAUUCCUCACGGACUCAAUCUCACAAUUUCAAGUCGGUCUUGCAACAUCUGCGACUGAUACAUCCCUGGAAGCCCCGAAAACUAAGAUUGCCCCUGGUUUACGGAGUACUACUUCUCUGCCUUGAUCUCUCCGUCGUGGCCGUGUCUAAUUCGUGUGUCCGACUUCGCUCCGACUGACUCACUCACGCGAUCAAAAUCGACCGCUUUUGCCCUGCGUCUCACCGCAUUCCAUCACAUCAUUUAUCACACGUCACGUGAAUUCAGCCGUUCAUUGAUCCCCCAGAAUCAUCUUGGUUUUAGAAACUUUGAUUUUGUCUCGUUCUUGAAAAAAAAAAAAUAAGAGAAAGGUUAAAAAACAAGGCUGAGACUUUUUGAGCUCCAUUGCCAGGAGCAAUGGAUCAUACAGUACUCGUCGAGUCUGAUGGUACAUCAGAGACCGAUGAUCAGACCAAGCUCUGGGAGUCCGAUCCGCGCUCCGUGACGGCGGCCCAUUUGGCCCAGGAUGAGGCCGAACUUCCGGCUCCAGUCGAAUGCGGUGCUAUCGGCCACCGCGUACAAGCCAGUCGCUCGGUUCUGGCCCUCGUGCUCGACAAAGAAUGUGUCUUUGCUGGUCUGCAGGGGGGAGACAUUGUAGCUUGGUCUUUGGAGACCUAUGAUCUUGUGCUCUCGGUGCACGCUCAUCAGGAAAGUGUCCUUGAUCUUUACUUGUCCGAAGACGGAGAGCUGCUCUUCUCCACGGGCGGAGAUUCUGUUGUUAAUGUAUGGUCGACGAGGACAUUCGACCGGCUGUAUUCGAUCCACUCCCACCACGAUGUUGGGGAUAUCUUCGCGGUCGCUUAUUCGUCGAGCUUGAAGACGAUCUACUGCGGUGCUCAGAACACCAGCAUUCAGUGGUGCGACAUCUCCCAAGUCGAUGCAGCUUCAGCACAGUCAUCGGCGGCGCAGUUGUCCCGACGGACCCAUCGCUUUUUCGACUCCAGGGGUCCGGAUGGUUCGCGUGCGCCGCGGCCGGACGCAGGCGCCGAGGGACCUCAUUCAGUCAUGCAGGGUGGCCAAGUGCUGACUUUCAAACGCGACCACCAUAAGCUCUUUGCCCACCACGGCUACGUAUACACCAUGCUUCUGGUCAAGGGCUUGAUUGAGUCUUCUCCAGAGGAAGAGGUGCUUCUGACGGGUGCCGGCGAUGGGGUGGUCAAGCUGUGGCGUUUGGAGCAGAACUCGGCCAACGCCGUUCCGUCCCCGAUCGCGAAGCUGCAGAACGGGGAUUCCGUUCUCUCCAUCGCCGUUGAUGGAUCCUUCCUCUACUGUGGUUUGGCUGGAGGUGCGCUCAACAUCUGGAACCUUGAUUCGCGGCAGCUGGUCAAACGCAUCGCCAUGCACACCGGCGAUCUGUGGGCCGUAGACAUUAUUCACGGCGUGGCGGUCUGUGGAGAUUCCAACGGUGUGAUCAAGAAAUUCAACUCGCGGUUCGAGGAGAUCGGCAGCUGGGUUGCUCACGGAGGGACUAUGCUCGCGUCUGCUGCUGGUCAGUACAAAGAUCGCUACAUCUACGCGAGCGGCGGCAACGACAAUACGGUCGGCAUUUGGGACGUGACGGACGUGACUCGGGGAGGUCAAGCCGAAAAGCCGCCAAUCAAUAAUGAUGAAAUGGUCAAUUCCCUGGCCAAGUUUGUCGCCUACAAGACUGUGUCAGCCAGUCCCAAAUUUGCGGUUGAAUGCAACCAGGGUGCAGCGUUCCUUCGUCGUCACUGCAUUUAUCUCGGAGCGAAGACCAAUCUAUUGACCACGGGAGCCGACACAAAUCCCAUCGUGCAUGCUCGAUUUGAUGCUACAUCUCCAGACCAGGUCGAUAAAACAAUCUUAUUCUACGGCCACUACGAUGUUGUUGGGGCGGAUGCGAAUGCGGCGAAGUGGAAGACCGACCCGUAUCAGCUCACUUCCAUUGACGGCUUCCUCUAUGGUCGCGGAGUGUCGGAUAACAAGGGUCCCAUUCUAGCGGCGCUUUAUGCGGCCGCAGACCUUGCUCGACAGAAAGCACUCCGCUGUAACGUGGUUUUCCUGAUUGAAGGCGAAGAAGAGUCGGGAUCCCAGGGAUUUCACGAAACAGUCCGCAAGCAUAAGCCUCAAAUCGGCCCCGUGGACUGGAUCCUCUUGGCUAAUAGUUACUGGCUUGAUGACUAUAACCCCUGCUUAACAUAUGGGCUGCGUGGUGUGGUCAACGCCAACCUGGUUGUGCAGAGCGACCAUCCCGACCUGCACAGCGGUAUCGACGGAAGUUCGUUACUGGACGAGCCACUGAAAGAUCUCACCAUGCUGCUGAGCACCUUUGUCGGACCCAAGGGCCGAAUCAACCUGCCAGGGUUCCAUGAGCCUGUUCUUCCCCUCACCGAGGCGGAGAAGCAGCGGUACACCGCAAUCGCUGAUAUUCUCCUGCCUCACCACCCAGAAAUCACCGACAGCGAUGCGUUCAUCAACUCGCUCAUGCACCGCUGGCGUGAGCCCUCCCUGACGAUCCACUCUAUCGAGGUGCCCGGCAGCAGCAAGAGUGCUACGACGACGAUCUCUCGCAAGGCCAAGGCCAGUUUAUCGAUCCGAUUGGUCCCGAACCAGACCGCCGACGAAGUGGCGACCAAUCUGACGCUCUUCGCGCAGGAGCAUUUCGACAGUCUGGAGUCGCAGAACGACCUGACCGUCGAGAUCACGGGUAAAUCCGACCCCUGGCUGGGCGAUCCGGACAACGAGAUGUUCCAGACCUUGGCCGACGCGAUCGCGGCCGCCUGGACUCCGGACACCACUACCCAGCGACACCAAUACCCACCCAUCCAAACGAUCCCUCAACGCACCCUCGAGGCGACGAAGCGCGCCAAGGAGCAGCACCCGCGCCUCAAGCGGGCGGACUCGGAGGAUAGCCUGGCCUCCCACAUCGACCGCAUCAUCAUGUCCACGACGGUCUCGUCGACCGGCAAGUCUGCGCACAAGCGGUCGUCGCUGAGCACCGCGGUCCCGACCUCCUCGACCCUAACCAGCAAGUCGGGCGCCACGACGCUCGCAGCCGACGAACCCGCAGCCCCGAAGCCCGCGCCGGAGGUGGCUGAUCCCAGCCAGCCGUCUCGGGUGCGUCCCAUCUACAUCCGGGAGGGUGGCUCGAUCCCCACCAUCAGGUUCCUGGAGAAGGAGUUCUCCGCCCCCGCGGCGAAUCUGCCUUGUGGACAGGCCAGCGACAACGCACAUUUGUACAAUGAACGGCUGCGGGUGGAGAAUUUGUAUAAAAGCCGGGAGAUCUUUGGCUAUGUAUUUUCACGGUUGCCGGAGAGGCUGUAGAUACCAUAUCUUGGAAUGUUGAGUUGGGAUUAUGCGUUGAAAGAGCUGUUUUUGUGGUGGGGGUUGAUUUCGGGUAGAGCAUUAAUAUUACUAGCAAUUUGACUUCCGA